AUGGCGCCGGUGACGAAAAAGAGUGUUUCUUCGGGUUGGAAAGGAAAUGGAGAGUCGGAAAAGCCGAAGGCGCGUUUGGGCCAGAAGAGGCCGUGGAGGAGGGACCCUCGUCAAGUAAAAGGGAGCGUCCAGGAGGGUAAAGGCUUUGCUUAUUGGAGAAAACAAAAGAUCCGACAUGAUUAUAAGAAAUUACUAAAAAAGGAAAGCAAUGUAAAUUCCAAGAAGAUUGAGUACACAGAAGAUUACCCAGAACACUUGAAGCAUCUUUAUUUAGCCGAAGAAGAAAUGCUUAAGAAACAACAGAAACCUAGAAAAAUUAGUGAAGGUAUACAGGAAGGAAAGGACUCUAUAACACCAAAAUUCAGUAGAGUUGGGAGACAAUUAAAAAUAAAAACAGCAAACCAGAAAGCAAAAGAAGAUUAUGAGAAGAUAAAGGCAGAGCGAGAUCGGAAAAAAGAGAUGUUACUAAUGUGAACAUGGCAAGAAUAUGACAGAUGUGGACAACUUCAUAGAGACCAGUAUUCACCCCCAAGAACUUGCUGUGGGCUGCAUUGCUCCUGAAAACAUGCAAGAUUGGCUAUCCAAAAAACAUAGCAGUGGGAAGUGACGAAAACAAAUCUAGCAGGUGAGAAGGCUUUGAGGGGCGCUUUGUGCAAAAACCACAAUAGAAGUAGGAGGCUCUCAGGAAGAGAAAUGUUCAGAAAGAACCUGAGGGUGUUAAAAUGACCUUGGGGAAUUGAGUGAAGUCUUCACAGAUUUUGUCCUCUCCUGUCCUCAGCUGUGUAAAUAUAGAAAGGCAUUACUCUUCCAUUAUCAAAAAAUAUUUAGUAUCCUAAAGGGGAAGGACAGUCUCAGUUUAUAUGUUUAUCUGAAAGUAUAUGAAGGUGAUAUAUAAAACUUGGCAAAAUCUGUUUCUCUUCCCUCCGUACCCCCUUCAGACCAAAAAAAGACAACAUCUUGUCUUAUGCAAGUCCCCCGCAGUAGUGGUAAUUCACCUAUUAAAGAGAUCACAAUGUCUUCUUGCAUUAAUUUAAAUCUCUCCCCACCCCCCGCCCCGUGUGGUUGGGACCAUAUAAGUGACUCCCUGAAAUUCACCAUGUUUUGUUCCCUAAUAAAAUUUCCCUUCAGUCUCCAAAUUAUGUAUAUUGAAUUAACUUAAAAGUAAUUUGAGUAUUUAGAAAAAUGUUAUAGGUAUCAAAAAGAAAUACAAGAGAAAGGACAAAAUGAUCCAGGGUAGUAAAUGUGACCCAGGAAAUGUAAACACAGUAAAUGUAAAGGUUUAAGGGUGAAUUGUUUUCAAUGUCUCACUCUUUGCAAUGCUAGAAAUUUGGGGAAGGAAAAUUUCAUUGACAGUGCAGAAUUCUUAUUUGGGGGCAAUGCCCACAUUCUUCCUCCCCUUGGUCUACAGGAUGGAAAAGGGGCUGUGCUUUUAGCAUGAAGUAAUGAAACACUUCCUAGAGACUGACACAUUAGGGAAUAGCCUUCUCUGCUCAUGAAAAGCCUAGUUCACUUAGCAUGUGAGUAGAAACAACCUCACAAUCAAAAACUGCUUCCCAUGACAGAUUCUUUCACAGCAUAUGAAGGGUUAAAAAGUGCUGCAGCACCUCCAAGGAUGGUGCCAAAUACAUAUCCCUGAAGUUUUGUUGCACAAACAAUCCAUGAACCAAGCUGCUAUGCCACAUAUUGCUUGCAUUUGAGCUUUUUAAAAGCCCUAUGUUUUCCUGAGCUGACAUGAAAUAACUUAUAAUGUGUAUUCUGACCCAUUAUUGGACAUACAUUUUGGAGAACCACUAUGGAGUUUAUUGUUAUAUUUUGUACUUUUGAAUUUAAAUAAAGGUUUUGUGAAAUAUUA